AUGAGGGGCUCCUAUGUUUGCCCUGGUGUACACUGUAUUAACACUUAUGUUGUGCUUCCAGAUGGUGAUUCAUGGAGAAGUACAGGGCUAUACUUGCCUCCUAACAAAAAAGCAACACUUGUAUUUCCAGCCUCAGCUGCAGGGAAGGGCCUCCAGGUACAAGUUGGCUGUCAGUGUGAUAACCUGAGCGGAGCAUCACAGUUGUGUCGUGCUCCGGUGGUUGUACAUAGAAAGAAUGUUGUUCACGAGAAGGUUGUGAUAUCCUGUGUCUGGGGAGGACUUCUUUACGUUAUUGUAAAUGGGAAGAGUCAACUAGGAAAUGUUCCAGUUACAAUCUAUGGGGCAGAACCAGCUCCAACAUUUAUAAAUGGACAAACUAAGGUUUCUUCGUGGUUGGAUACAUUACGCACCUCAACAUCUCCUUGGGCUGAGCUUAUUACAGAGAAUAUUAUCCUGACUGUCCCUACUGAUGCAGUCCGCUCACUAGAGGAUCCUGAAUCGCUUAUGUCUUUAUGGGAUAACAUCAUGUCAACAGUAGCUGAUCUGGCAUCUGUCCCAAAGAAACUGCCUCGUCCAGAAAGAAUUGUGGCCGAUGUUCAGAUCUCAGCAGGUUUUAUGCAUUCUGGAUACCCAAUAAUGUGCCAUGUGCCAACAGCACCUUCUUUAGUAAGUGUUACAUCAUUGAAGAAAGGCAUGUGGGGGGCUGCACAUGAGCUUGGCCACAACCAGCAGAGAGGUGUUUGGGAAUUCCCUCCUCACACCACAGAAGCCACCUGUAACCUGUGGUCAGUAUAUGUGCAUGAAACCGUACUGGGGAUCCCAAGGGAUAACGCUCAUCCUAGUCUCAAGCCAGGAGACAGAGAAAAAAGAAUCAAGCAGUAUCUGAAGAAUGGAGCCAACCUUGAUGAGUGGAACGUGUGGACAGCGCUUGAGACUUAUCUUCAGCUACAAGAGGGCUUUGGCUGGGGUCCCUUCAAGCAAGUUUUCUCAGAGUAUCAGACCAUGUCCAAUGUCAGUAAUGUCAAGAAUGUUAAGAUGAAUCUUUGGGCAGAGAAGUUUUCCCAAGCAGUCAAUAAGAACCUGGCUCCAUUCUUCAAAGCCUGGGGAUGGCCCAUUGAUGAUGCUACCACCGAAAAAUUAUCCGUAUUAAGUGAAUGGGAAGAGAAUCCAAUGAAUAAAUAUGUCAGCUAAAUUUCAUAAAAGAAAUAUAUAAAAUGAUCCUUCUAUAUUAAUAUGCUUUCGGUGGCUUAAGAGGAAUGCAUUAUAGGCUCAAAAGUGUUAAAGGAAAAUAUAAAAAUCACAUCAUAAUAAUAUUCUGCAACAGAGCCUGUUAGAUUAUCAUCUGAAUAUGGAAAACGAAUAGAAUAUAAUCAUGUGCAAUGCAUGCAUUGUUCAAUAAAUAAUUCAGAUUCCUGAUCCAACUUUUUUUUAGUUUUU